AAGUCUGGUUCACAUGAAUAUACAUUUCUUAUGAAUCCAUUCAAUAAAAUUGAUUUAAAUUAAUGAAAUUUAUCAAUAGUUUUUGAAGUGCCAAAUAAAUUCACUUUCCACUUGUCAUUACUGUGGUAUGACUAUCGUUUGUGUUUGUAAAAAUGGCGCUGAAGGAUGUUGUUUCUUUAUACAAAAAUUUAAAGGCAGAAUGGACAGCAACACCGUGCAACUUUAAGAAAUGCGGCGAAUUACUCAAUCAAUUAAAGGUUGGCCUUACUCAUUUGAUGUUUCUUCCAACAUCGAACAACACUGCAAGUCAAAAUGAAUUACUCAUAGCUCGUGAUAUUUUAGAAAUUGGUGCUCAAUGGAGCGUAGUUACAGAAGAUAUACCUUCUUUUGAACGUUACAUGGCACAAUUGAAAUGUUAUUAUUUUGAUUAUAAGUCAGAUCUUAUGGAAUCUGCGUAUAAAUAUCAUCUCCUUGGGUUGAAUCUGCUCUUUCUAUUGUCACAAAAUCGAGUUGCUGAAUUUCACACGGAAUUGGAACUACUGCCUUCGGAUCAAAUACAGUCUAAUGUGUACAUUAGACAUCCUUUAAGUUUGGAACAAUAUUUAAUGGAAGGAUCGUAUAAUAAAAUAUUCUUAGCAAAAGGCAAUGUACCAGCAGUGUCAUAUAAUUUCUUCAUAGACAUUUUAUUAAAUACUGUUCGUGAUGAGAUUGGUGCGUGUAUGGAAAGUGCAUAUGACAAAAUUUCAAUCCAAGAUGCCUCAAGAAUGCUCAACCUAAAUUCAGAGAAGGAUAUGAAAGCAUUUGCAGCAAAAAAGAAUUGGAAUAUGGCCAAGGAUGGUUAUUUCUACUUCGCGACUAAUAAUGAAAAGAAAGCUGAAGAACCAAUACCCAGCUCAGAUUUGGCUACAUUAGCUAUAGAUUAUGCAAGAGAACUCGAAAUGAUUGUUUAAGAAGGCAUGUCUAUAACUCUCCUUGUAUUUUUCGAAUAAAUAAAAAUUAUCGUGUAUUUAUUGUGAAUUAAA